AAGAAUAAAUUCGUGAUUUUAUGGGGAGUUUCACACUGUCCUGGGGUUUGCUGUCGCAGUUGCUGCUAUUUCAUUUCAUAUUGACAAGGAUUUAUCCCCCAACAUGAAGCAUAUAUUCUUAUUAAUUAGCAUCUGUUUGUUCGUUGGUUGUGCUUCGGAUGUUAUAAGAGCAAGAAAAGUGUCCGCAGUGUUCUGUUCUUUCAAGGAGAAAACAUACAGUCCUGGAGACAGCUGGCAUCCUUAUCUGGAACCCUUUGGUUUCAUGUUUUGUAUGCGGUGUUCCUGCACUGAGACAGGCCAUGUGAAAUGUAACACAAUUAAGUGUCCUACUCUGCGGUGUGACAACCCAGUGACUGACUCUCAGCAGUGCUGCCCUCGCUGUACAGAUGAGCCUAGGAUCCCAGCAGGCUUGAGAGCCCCAGUGAAGUCCUGCAGGUAUAAUGGAACUUUCUACCAACCAGGGGAGACCUUUGCCAACCAUGACCUCUUCCCAUCUCGACAAACCAACCAGUGUGUCAUGUGCACAUGUUCAAAUGGAAAUAUUUUCUGUGCUCUGAAAACUUGCCAGCCGCUGACCUGCUCCUCACCAGUCUCAUUCCCAGAUACCUGCUGUCCGGUGUGCAAAGAUGGUGGCAUUAAUGGGUACUCAUCAGUGGAGGAUGUAGGCCAACAGCUGAACCGAGGCGUUAGGCAUUCAGUGGACCAGUGUGCUGGAGAGCAGUUCCGAGGGCGGUCUGUCCGCUCUACUCCAUCCACUGUCAGGGGUACUCCCAGAGGCCUGAGCCUGCCCAAGCUCCACUUCAAAGGUGCUGCAGAGACCACUGUGAAUUUCCUGCUGCAGAAAAAGCACCAGAAGGCAUGUCAGUACAGCGGCAACACCUACUCUCAUGGUGAUGUGUGGCACCCGGUCCUGGGGAAGGUCCUGGAGUGCAUUUUGUGCACCUGUAAGGAUGGCAUACAGGACUGCAAACGCCUCUCAUGUCCCAGCCAGUAUCCAUGCCAACAUCCCGUUAAAACCGUGGGGAAAUGCUGCAAGAUUUGUCCAGAACAUAAUGCUGAGAGCAACAGGACUGACUGUUACAUGAAUCUUGGACAUGACAAUAACAACCUCUUGGUGUACAAAGUUAAGCCAUCGUCAAAGGUUCACACAGAGGACACAGUUAGGAUAAUUGCUAUUGAAAGACAAGGGACUGCUGAAGUUGAAGUGCAAGUAUGGAAGACAGUAGGAGAAGUUUUACAAUUAAUGGAAACUGGGGAAGUUCUGAAGAAAGAUCUUCUAGAUAAUCCAGAUAACUACACUUUACUGGCGACAUUGGAUGAAGAGACCUGGAAAAGAUUCAAGGAUGAAGAAGACAACCAGAAGGAAUUUCCCAAGACCAGGACCUGUGAGGAUGGUAUCAGGGAGGUAGUGAAGUUCUUGUACCCAGACCAGCUAGAAAGCCUGUGCUCUUCUUAACUCUCAUCCCCUGACUUUGACAUCAAUGGAAAAUGCACAGCAUUCAUAUGCAUUUCAUUAAACAUGAAACAUAGCACUGCUUAUUGGUUAUAGAAUAACAAGCUUUUGUUUAUUUUUUAAAUGUCAUCAUAACUCAUUGCAAUGUGAUGUUCCAUAUUCUCAGUAACAAUUAGUCAGCAGAAUUGUCAACAUUGUUGGUAGCAUUUGGUAGUAGAAGGAACCAAAAUGGAAAAAAUACUUUAAAUGAAUUACAGUUGUAUCUCAUUUUUGUUUUCUGGCAUACUGGAAUACAGUAAAAACAGUAUUAUCUAAAAAAUACAGGUGUACAUGUAUAUAAUAGAAAAAUACACUGGGCAAAUUAGACAGCCAUCUGGCAAUAACACCUUUAUAGAGUAGACCAUAUUUACAAUCACUUUACUGUUCUGCUAAAUACUGCUGUUUGAAAUUGUAUGCCUUUUCAGAAUGUACCGAGAAAUAUUCAUUAACAUAUUUAUUGUAAAUACAAAUAUGCUAACAGAUGUCAUUUUGAGGCAGAGCGUACAACAUUGGUUUGUUUGACAUGUUUGUUUGUACAUUCUGUAGACAUUUGAGUGUGUACUGGAAGGUCCUUGCCUGAGACGCCAUGGCUUCAGUUCAUUGGGCUGUACAGCCCUACCAAGCAAAAAGGCAGUAACUGCUCAUUUGGUUGAAAAUGAGUUAAUGUCAUUUUUCUACAUGAAAUACAUGCUUAAACAUGUGGACAAGUAUCCUGCCUCAAUUGUAUUGUGUUUUAGAGAAAAUGGGGGUCAUGUUAGCAGUUACUGCAUAAAGUUACUGUGAAACCAAGGUAAAUAAAAAACAUUUUUUCUCAGUUCCACACUAUGAGCAGUUACUGCCUUUUUGCUUGUAGGGCAGUGUACAUAUAAGGCUUUCCUCAGAAAAUGUGGGUUUGAUAUCUGGGCAUCGGUAUUUCCCUGCAACAGCAGUUGUAUCUAUUCUUUCAUAAGAGUGGCUACAUUGGUUUGCUGGAUCUACUUUCUAUUAUGUUCUCUGAGGUGUUUAUCAUUAUGUUUGGCCAGUUUUCUACAGACUAAGUUUCCAUAGGAUUAUGUGUGAUUUCAGUACUUGAUGCAUCUUUCUUCCCUUUGCACAGUGGCAAGGCAUUCUUGCACGUGAUUGACAAGGCUAAAAGUUGGAGCCAACCAAAAAUAUGAUAUAGUUGAGCUCUACCUGAGGCAAGAAUUCCUGCACAAAUCAGGCUGUUGUUAUUCCUUGGACUACCCUCCAGUGAACCCAGUCGGACCAGGGGAAUUUCUCCUUUAUGAAUUGUGCCUGUAAUUUGGAUUUGUGCUCCAGUGCUAUAGUUUGUUUUCUCAAGGGUUGUAAUGGCCUAACAGGAUGAGCACAACAAUAGAGCUCUGUUAAUUUGAUAUAAAUGUAGGUCAUGAGUUGGAAGGACACCAACAUUUUCCAAUA